AUGCUGGCGGGCCUUGCGACGCUGCUGCUCGCGCGCGCCGUCGCCGCCGUCGACGACCCGUCCUGGGACGUGCACACGCCGACGAACGCGACGUGCCUCGGCGGCUGCGCCUGCCCGGCGCGGCUCGCGGCCUGCGUGCCCACGGCGCCGUCCAAGGACAUGAAGGUCUUCGCGUCGAGCCUCGCGUCCCUCGCGGAGCACGCCGUCGACAUCGAGUCGAUCCACGUCGUGUCGCGCAAGUCGCCGGAGGUCGACCGGGUUAUCGCCGCCGUGAACGCGCGGCGCCACCGGGGCCGGCCGGAGAACUUCGUCAAGUGGUUCGACGAGGACGGCGGCCACUUCCCCUUCGACUACGCGUCCAUCAAGCGCCACCUCGAGACGCGCUCGGGCGCGCACCACGCCGGGAGCUACCAGUACGCCGUGGGCUGGUACCUCCAGCAGCUCCUGAAGCUCUACUGCGGCCGGGGCAUCGCGCGCGCCGACGCCGGCGGCGGGCCGGGCAACUGGACCGCGGAGGACGUCGCGCGCGCGCCCGACCGCGACACGCUGAUCGUCGACAGCGACGUCGUGCUCCUGCGGGACGUCGCCUUCGUCCACGGCACGGCGAACAGCGCCGGGCGCUGCGACGCGACGUACGCGUACGCGUUCUCGCGGGAGUCGCACGGCCUCUACUACGACACGAACAAAAAGCUCCUGGGCGACGACGACGGCAAGCCCCUGCCCGACGCCGCCGGCCGCGACAUCUCGGGGGUCGUCCACCACAUGGCCAUGCGCGCCGACGUCCUCGCGGCGCUCGACGCGCGCGUCUCGGCGCUGCACGGCGCGCCCCUGUACGACGCGCUGCUCCGGCCGGCCGUCGGCGUCGUCGCCGAGGCGCACCGCAACGCCUUCUCCGAGUACCAGUUCUACUUCCACUACGCCCGGCGCGCCUUCCCGGCGAGCGUCGCCGUCCGCCAGCUCUACUGGGCCAACGGGCCGGGCCCGAAGACGAUCGUCGAGUGCGAGGCCGCGGACGGCUGGCCCGCGGGCGCGCAGCGCGGCGCGCGCGACGACGCCGACAUCCGCGCGAUCGACUUCAAGGCGGGCUACGACUACGUCGCCUACCACUCCUACGCGAAGCGCCGGCCCUGCGUCUACGGGCCCGCGGACGACCGCCGCGACGGCGGCGCGUGCUUCGGCGGCGGCUGCACGUACUCCUGCUUCAAGCGCCGCGACGACGCGCGCUACAAGGCCCGGGACCGGAGCUUGGUGGCGCCGCGGCUCUGCGCGGCGGCGUGA